AUGCCUUCCAAAGCCAACACCAGUGACCUUCGGGUGGAGAAGCUCUUCUCGGUAAAGGACUAUGUUUGUGUGGUUACUGGAGGCGGUAGUGGAAUUGGAUUGAUGGCGGCACAAGCACUCGCAGCAAACGGUGCCAAGGUAUACAUCACUGGACGACGACAAGAGGUUCUUGAGAAUGCAGCCAAGACGCACAGCCCUGAUCAGGGUGGCCAGAUCAUCCCACUUGGGCCGUAUGAUGUCACCAAGAAAGCAGACCUAGAGCGCAUGUACGAGGAGCUGUCCAAGAAGGAAAAGUACAUCAAUCUCUUGAUUGCCUCAGCUGGCAUCUCAGGAGAGAAGGCCGAACCGGUCUCGAAGAAAGCCACGGACAUGAAAGCCAAGCUCUGGGACAACGAGACGUUUGAGGGCUGGAACGAGACUUACAAUACCGACGUUACAGCCGUCUACUUCACCACCGUUGUCCUCCUACCGCUUCUACAAGCAGGCACCGAGUCACACGGCCACCUCUCGGCCUCGGUCAUCGUCAUCAGCUCCAUGUCGGGCAUCAUGAAGGAUGCCCAGGGCCACUUUAGCUACAAUGCUGCCAAGGGUGGAACGGUGCACUUGACCAAGCUCAUGUCUGGCGAGUUCCAGAAGCUCCGCAUUCGCGUCAACUCGAUUGCGCCAGGCUACUUUCCUUCUGAGAUGACGGCCAAGGAGAGCGACGAGGACCAGAAGAGCGAGCUGCCGAAUGAGAAGAUUCAGGAGAAGGGUCAUGUGCCCAUGGAGCGAGCGGGCAGUGACGAGGAGAUGGCGCAAGCGGUACUGUUCUUGACGAAGAAUAGCUAUGUCAAUGGCCAGAUCAUUGCUGUGGACGGGGGUGUGCUCAAUGUUGUCAGUUCCUAG